UACGAUACAUCCAUGUUCAUGACAUGCGCUCAUGUACUGAUCGAAGCCGACCUCCUGUUCUCCUCGGUAGUUCGAGGGAUUGUGCGAGAAGGUAUUAAAGCCCUCGGAACGGUGGUCACUCCUCCCGGAUCCAAUUAUGCAGCUCUCACUUAUUUUCAUGACACUCGUAACCUUUGCCACUAUUGCUGUGGCAUAUCCCACACCGGAAACGGGGACGAAACGUACUUCUUUGGCUCAGCACGAAGAGCUUGCCUCCAAUAUCGUCGGUUUUAUCAACGCUAGGGGCCUUGACUCGCCUGACUCUCCAAACUCACCUGACUCACCUGACUCCCCCGACUCACCUGACUCACCUGACUCGCCCGACUCGCCUGAUUCACCCGACCACCCAGACUCCCCCAGCUCACCCGAAUCACCUUCCAAGCGCGAGAAGGCUGAACCUAGCUAUGUCCACGGGAGAUGUAAGUUAUGAUGUGCCUGGUGGAUCACCCAUGUUCAACACCGUCGCAGAAGUUUCUGGCUACCGUUUCAACACCGAAAAGCGCUACGACUAAGCAUGUAUUCAAGAGAUCUACUCUCUUUUCGUUUUUCAGCUCUACAUAAAAUAGAAGAGGGUUCGUAAGACGUCAUCAGUCCCAAAUUGUACUAGUACUUGAUGUACACC